GUCUCCGAGAGAAGAAAAGCAAGUGAAAGGAGAGGAAGCGGAUGCCGUGGGUUUACAGCAGGAAAAUCCGUGGAGACAGCAGAUCCGAGAAGCGGCGAUGUUUGCGUAGAACCCUCUCUUCCCUUCCCUCUGACCAGCACCAUGCUUCUCCUGGUGACAAGCCUUCUGCUCUGUGAGUUGCCACACCCAGCAUUCCUCCUGAUCCCAGAGAAAUCGGAUCCACCAACAGUGGUACCAGCCUCUAGUCUCAAUGUGAGGUUUGACUCCAGGACGAUGAAUUUAAGCUGGGACUGCCAAGAAAACACAACCUUCAGCAGGUGUUUCUUAACUGACAAGAAGAACAGAGUCGUGGAACCCAGGCUCAAUAACAAUGAAUGUUCGUGCACAUUUCGUGAAAUUUGUCUGCAUGGAGGAGUCACUUUUGAGGUUCACGUGAAUACUAGCCAAAGAGGAUUUCAGCAAAAACUGCUUUAUCUAAAUUCAGGAAGGGAGGGUACCGCUGCUCAGAAUUUCUCCUGUUUCAUCUACAAUGUGGAUUUCAUGAACUGUACCUGGGCGAGGGGUCCGACGGCCCCCCGUGACGUCCAGUAUUUUUUGUACAUACAAAACUCAAAGAGAAGGAGGGAGAUCCGGUGUCCUUAUUACAUGCAAGACUCGGGAACCCAUGUGGGAUGUCACCUGGAUAACCUGUCAGGAUUAACGUCUCGCAAUUACUUCCUGGUUAAUGGAACCAGCCGAGAAAUUGGCAUCCAAUUCUUCGAUUCACUUUUGGACACAAAGAAAAUAGAACGAUUCAACCCUCCGGGCAAUGUCACUGUACGUUGCAACAUGACGCACUGCCUCGUACAGUGGAAACAGCCCAGGACCUACCAGAAGCUGUCGUACCUGGACUUUCAGUACCAGCUGGACGUCCACAGAAAGAAUACCCAGCCUGGCACGGAAAACCUACUGAUUGAUGUUUCUGGUGAUUUGGAAAAUAGAUACAACUUUCCAAGCGCUGAGCCCAGAGCAAAACAUAAUGUGAAGAUCAGAGCUGCAGAUGUCCGCAUCCUGAAUUGGAGUUCGUGGAGUGAAGCUGCUGAAUUUGACGCAAACCUGUGUGUCUCUCUAGGCUCUGACGACAGAAACCUCAGCUCUGUGUACAUUUAUGUGCUCCUGAUCGUGGGAACCCUUGUCUGUGGCAUCGUCCUUGGCUUCCUCUUUAAAAGGUUCCUUAGGAUACAGCGACUGUUCCCACCAGUUCCACAGAUCAAAGACAAACUGAAUGAUAAUCAUGAGGUGGAAGACGAGAUCAUCUGGGAGGAAUUCACCCCAGAGGAAGGGAAAGGCUACCGAGAAGAGGUCUUGACUGUGAAGGAAAUUACCUGAGACCCAGAGGGUGUAGGAAGGGCAUGGACAUCUCCGCCUCCACGACACUGGGGAACUGUUUUCUUGUUGAUGAUGCUGUGAGCCUUUAUAUCAUUUUUUAUGUUUUUAUUUAAAAACAUGAUAUUUGGGGCCAGGCGCGGUGGCUCAUGCCUGUAAUCCCAGCACUUUGGGAGGCCAAGGCGGGCAGAUCACCUGAGGUCAGGAGUUCAAGACCAGCCUGGCCAACAUGGUGAAACCCCAUCUCUACUAAAAAUGCAGAAAUUUACACCCAGGCAUGGUGGUGGACUCCUGUCAUCCCAGCUACUCGGGAGGCUGAGACAGGAGAAUCGCUUGAACCCAGGAGGCAGAGGUUGCAGUGAGCCAAAAUCGCGCCAUUGUAUGCCAACUUGGGUAACAGAGCAAGAUUGCAUCUCAAAACAAAUAAUAAUAAUAAAUAAAAUAAUACUAAAAGCAUAAUAUUUGUCUGGGCGCCGUGGCUCAUGCCUGUAAUCCUAACACUUUGGGAGGCCAAAGUAGGAGGAUUGCUUGAGACAGGAGUUUGAGACUAGUCUGGGCAUCAUAGCGAGACCUUAUCUCUACAAAAAAGGCAAAAAUUAGCUGGGGAAUGGUGGCUUGUGCCUGUAGUCCCAGCUACUCGGGAGGCUGAGGCAGGAGAAUGGCGUGAACCCAGGAGGCGGAGGUUGCAGUGAGCCAAGAUCACACCACCGCACUCCAGCCU